UUCUGACCAUAGAAAAGCAUCAACAUCUGUUUGUGUUCGUGUUUAUUCAGUUUUUAAGCAUCGCCAUUUCAAACGUUCUAUUCGCAAUUGACUUAUGACUUGCUAGUGUCUCGCAUCCUCCUCUCCCGUAUAGGAAAUUGCUUAUUCUUACGAGGUUCGAGAAGUCUGCUGAAUCUCAAAGUGAAUCUCGUCGAACUGACUUUCAACACGGAAAGAUGAUCUUCAACGCUUUGGUUCUUGCGAUUUUGCUUGCAGGAGGAGUUCAAGGCGAGGGAAACUCAACCAAGAACUCCAAAGACGAAGAAGCACUACUAAAAGCCGAAGCAGCUAUUCGAGAAACACUACUAAAAGAUUACGACAAGAGAGCCAUGCCCACAAUGAAUACGAAGGUCACCAUCAUAGAGAUUUCAAUCCAAGAUAUAAAGAUGCGAGAGGUGGAUCAAGUUAUGGAAGUUUCAACCAGGUUGUCAAUGCUCUGGGACGACCCACGUUUAGUCUGGGAGCUCAAUAAACACAUGGACGUAGGAUUUCUGGGAAUGGAUCCUGAGACGAUAUGGACGCCUGACUUGGCUGUCUAUAACGGAGCAUCUCAGACUCACGUUCCUAGAUCUUCAAUGCCCAUGAUUGUCUACCCAGACGAUGGGACGAUUCUCUACACGUCCCCCUACAAGUUCCAGUUCAGCUGUGUCAUGGAUCUCACCUACUGGCCCCACGAUUCUCACCACUGUACUCUGAGACUUGGGUCGUGGGUUCACCAAGGUCACAUGCUGGAUCUUUUCCUGAAGGACAACAAGGUUGAGACCGACAUUCCGGUUGCUCUGACUGCCAACGGCCAGAACAUUUCAGCCGCCGAGUGGAUCAUCGAAAAUACGUCCGUCCGCAGAGAAGAAUCGCAUUAUCCUUGCUGUCACGAACCCCUGGUAACAAUCCUCAUGGACUUUGUGGUGAAAAGGAAUGCCCCGAUUUACGCAUGGACUGUGAAGCUCCCAGUUGGUUGCCUAAGCGUGCUCACCGUCCUGCUGUUUCUUCUACCUCCAACUGCUGGGGAGAAAAUGAUCCUCGGAGGGCUAUGCCUCAUCUCUAACUUGGUCUACAUCGCCUACGCUUCAUUUGUCAUCUCUCACGCGCCAUCCCACUCCCCCCUUAUCAUUAAGCUGAUCGGCCAGCAGGUAAUCUUAGUUACUAUGAGCUUGAUUGUUUCGUCGUUUAUCGUGAAGACAGCGCGUGACCCCCGCUCCAGUGGCGUUCCCUUCGCCAUCAAGAAAGCUUUAGUGAUCCUCUCUUAUCCUCUCUGUCUCGGGAACUACAGAAAUCUGUUAACCUACUCUAGUCACACUUAUGAGUACACGUCCAAGUCUGAGGAACUUGAUCUUGAGGACGGACCAGCCAAAGAGGAUGAACGUCGUCGCCUGAGCAUGGACGGAUGCGAAUGGUUGCUCCUCUCUGCUGUUCUGGACCGCAUAGCGCUUUUCCUCUACACUGCUAUUUGCCUCAUCAGCUUAAUCCGCUACAACUCUGUGCUCUAGCACUGCUUGGCCUCAGUUAAGAUUCGCAUAUGACAAUGCCCCCCUUACACCUAAAAAACAAAAAAACAAAAAAACAGAAACAAAAAACAAAAACAAAAAAUUCUUUUGAACUUUGUACGAGGAUGGAGGUGUUCAGAGGAUUCUCAUAAGGUUCUUUCGGUACUGUGAAGAAGAGAGAAUGACGUCAGGGGCAUUGUGUUGUGCAAUCUUUUGCAAACUUCAUUUAUGUUAGAGAAGGUUUUGUCCUAAGGGAAACUUUUGUAAUUACUAAUGAGGCUAGAAUAAGUGCUGCAAUGAAUUUUUCUCUUGAAAACUUAGCACGAUAAAUGCUGAGAAUUUAUCGUUUAAUUAAAAUAUAGAGAGAACAUGUACAUAAGGGCAUGAAUCGUGAAGCAGUCUCAUUGACAUACCCAUGCAGGCAAAGACAAAAAUAAUACACAAGCAGUAAACCUCACACAAAUACAUACCAUACGCAAUCAAGAGCACAUUAAAUAUAUAUAUAUAUAUAU